AUGUCUUCAAAGCCCCAUUCUUCCCCUAGCUCUGAUCAGCAUGAAGCCCCUCAGGGCAGUGAGAAGGAUGACGUAAAAGACGAGGACCUCGGCGAGCUCCCAGUUCAUCUUCAAUCGGUUAGAGAUGGAUUGUUAGACUUCAAUCAUUUCAUGGGAUUGCAGGCCGCUCUGCUAAUAGCCGAAGAAACAGACGAGGAUUUUAUUCCACUAUCAGCCUACAAACCUGACGGCGUGGGCAAAUUAGAGCGAGCAAGAGAGUCUGAAUUUGUUGCAAGUGCGCAGAAUUUGGCAGCAUACGCAAAAAAUAUUGAUGCGCAGGAUGGAUAUGAAUGGCACAAACUAUUUCGAGCAGUUAUGACUGGGCGAAUAGACAGUACCAGUUGUGGAUCCAGUGUGCAUAAGAACAUUGCGUGGGUAGACAACGAAAUAUGGCGUGACGCUGCCACUUUUGAUCUACCCAAGCCUCCAACCACGAUUCCUACGUCAGGUCUGUAUUUUGGAUUCUCUGUUCAAAAAGCCGACCAACGGGCAGCAACGGGCUUCAGAAACGAUCCAUCAUUCGACAAUUACACCAGAGAACAACUUGCUCAGCUCACUACGCAAGGGCUUCAUUCUGCGCUUCCUGUCCCGUCUUCAGUUGACGAGGCCAUGGUACAUGCGAGCAGCAAAGAGCCACAGCCUCAAUUAGUCUGUUUUCCUUGGGGAAUAUUUGGGGCGUGUGGCGUCUUUAAAUCGCCCGAGGCAAAAGAUGUUUCGUUUGCGAGUGCCGUUUCUCAAGUCUUCGCUGCUGCAUCAACCGCAAUCUCGAUGUUCGAAAGACUGGCGAAAUUUGCAGACGAAAAGCACGACGGCCAGCACAUCCCACCUGUGAUCGCCAUCACAUCAGUAGGAGCAAGUACCACAGUGUGGCUUGCUUACUGCGAUAUCGUCGACGAUAAGAUUCGAGAUCAUAAAAUUAUAAGUAUAUGGGAGGGUACGAUCACCAAGAUCUGGGAUGCCAUUCAAUUUUGCCGUAUUGCAGAUAAUCUUUUCUUUUGGGCCCAGCAUUGCUUGAAGCCUAAGGUCACGCAGUAUUUGAGUCAAUGGAGACUGAGAUACUGCCCUGAUGUCCCGAAGAUAUAUUCCCUGCUUGAAAUGGAUACGAAGACUGCAGAAAUCGUUCAUCAAAUUCAAGACCGUUUGAGCUCUUUGGGAUUAUCCCCGAACGAAGAUCUACCUGCGCUCGUUCGGCAAGCGGUGAUAUUCCAGGAAGUUAUGAGAUGGAGUAAUAAAGAAAAAAAAGCGGAUUCAGCAUCAAAAGAACAAAAUAAACAUUCUAAAGCAACCAUAUCCCUGCCUUCACGUCCCAGAGACAGCAGUGUGGAAGUUGCCCUAUCUAGUGCGACAGGGUCACAACAAGGAACCGAUCGAAAAGUUUGUCCAAGAGAGAAAGAAAUUCUGCAUCAGGAUAGCGACAUUAUGGCUAGGAAAAACGAGAAAUGUACCGCCGAGUCUUCUAAGCCACAUAAUACCCACAUAUUCCAACCAAAGUCGGCUCUCAAAUAUCAAAAAGCUACCCCUGCCUUACCACAUAAGGGCAGAGAAUCUGCCGGUGGGAAUUCAACAGUCUUGGAAGAUACAAAAAGCGAGCACCCUAUUAGAUCUCUUCUCUCCUACAAUCACCAGGCACUGACAUUAUAUCCAGCUACUUCAAGCAAUGUCUUGACCAAUAAACAGGCUUUAAACUCCAGAUCGCCUAUUAUUUCCGACGCGGACGGGAGAGGCAACGAUAAAAUAUCGUUCUCCAACCAACUCCAGAUCAAAACCUCGGAUGCCGGGGAAAAGAAAAGCCCAUUACCUAGACCGUCAAAGGAACCGGACGAUGCCUAUCUCAACCUCCCGCAAAGAAUCCUUGGCUCGAUGGCGUCAAGGAUAGAGAAUGGGCAUGUUCUAUCUCUAGAGAAACAGAAACGUAAAAAUUUAAACCUCUUACUUAAAGGGAAAAAGCUACUAAAUAUAGAAAAUCUAUCAAAGUUGUCGCUAAGAAAAGACUCGGACAAGGAGAACAGUAGUGAUCGACUAUCAUUUUCACCAAACCCCUUUGUCUCGGAAACUUUCGAGUUGAGCUUCGAAGUUACGCCUUGGUUAGACUUGGAUAUGGCCGGACCAAGUCUUCCAACAAGAAAUCGACAUGGACCAUACCCCACACUUCGCAUAGGAGCCGUUGAGCACAUGGAAUACCCACGGGGAACAAGUUUCCACUUAGCCCAGUGCAGGGUGGAUCUUGCACCACAGCCAAUCAUUUUAGAGCCUCUAUCUCCGCCACCCGCCUCUCCGUUGAAGGUCAAGAUUCCCUGGAAAGGUAAAUACAUCAUGGUGAAACUACCACCUGUCGAUCCACCAUCGGUGUCAAUCAAGCGAAAGAGUGAUUCUAUUUUAACCAAGGAUACGUAUAUCGAAGAGUGGAUAAGUGGACGCGGAGGCGGAUAA